GGUCGGGUCGCGGUUGCCAUGGCGACCGCGGUGCGCUUGGAGUUGGGGCGUUUGGCUCAGGAGGCCGCGGCCCUGGCGGGGGUCGUCCGCGGGUCUCUGGGCCCCCACGGAGGACAGGUUCUGCUCACCCGCCCCACGGGGGAAGUUCUGCUUUCCCGAGACGGACGGCGUGUGCUGGAGGCCCUGAAUGUGGACUCGCCAACGGCCAGAAUUAUGAUAGCAUGCAUUUCUACACACUGCAAUUUGUUUGGAGAUGGCGCUAAAACCUUUAUCAUUCUACUCUCUGAUUUACUACAACAGUUUGAAAAACUUCAUAAAAGAGAUCAAGGGAAAUAUUGCAGUUUGAAACACAUUUCCCAGUUUCUUGUGAAGAUCCAAACAAACAUCCUGGACUAUAUAAUGACACAGGACCUUAAGAAACAUUUUUGGUCAAUCUUUUCUGCUUCUGAUUCAGAUAUAAGACGGAAUAUGGAGUUAGUGUUAGAACCUUAUUUUUGUGGGAAAGUAGGAAGUAACAGACAAAUGUUCCUAACUCAUUUGACAUGUGAUUUCUACUUCAAAGUUACAGCGGGUAAAAACCAGAAUGAGGCAUUAUGCUUGGUGAAUGAAUGUUUUACAGAACUGCAUACCACUGUGACAGGCCUUCCUUUUUCAGAUUCCAGGAUCCUAGAUGGCUUAUUACUUCACAGAGACUUUGCCAUAUACAGUCCUGCAGAUGGUGAUAAAAAAUUUAUAAUAAUAACAGAACCUAUUCACUCCUCUGUAUCUGAGUUGGGUAUAGAAGUUGUCAUAACUGCUAAGGGUCAAUUCAAGGCAUCAGAAACCUGGAUUACAAAAAGAACGGAAACACUUUUACAGCACAUGCAAGACAAUGACAUCAAAGUAAUACUAUCUGGUGUAAAACAGCAUGACAUUGUUCAUCACUUUGCCAAAAAUAAUGGCAUAUCUAUUGUAGAUUGCUUGUUAACAGAGGAAAUCUCUCUUAUUUGCAAGGUUACUGGAAUUUCAACUUUCAAACCAUCUUUGGAUAAUGUUAACCGUGAAAUCACUCAAACAGCUGUAGCCAAAUUUUGCCAGCCCUUCCACCUUGGAACCAAAAGAUUUGUUCACAUUGGCUUUGCAAAAACCUCUACCAUUCAGCUUUAUUGUGUGAUUCUCUGUGGACCAGUACAAGGAGUUACGGAGCAACACGCUUCUGCUUUUCGUGAAGCAUUCAAAAUGCUACAACAAAUGUUUACAGCAAUUCAUCUGCCUCAGAACUGUGCCUCAGAAUUGGAAAAUCAUCCUCUUCUGAAUAAAACUCAGCAACAUCCAUCUCCCCAUCAGCUGUUAUUUCAGGAACACAAUGAUUGGAGAAAACUUCAAACCAACAUCAAGCAUCUUACACCUUGUGGGCUUAACCUGGAGAAACACCCUGCAUCUUUUUCUACAGUAGAUGAAAAUUUACUGCAUUCAUCCAGUUACAAUUCUUCAACCGUAGUCACGCCUUCUGUUGGUUUGAUGCAUGGUAGUAAGAGCUCAUUAUUCCAGAAAAAGGAUAAUGACUUAGUUGGCUGUCAAACAGCUUCUUUAAAACCCAGAUUUCAAAAAGAAAGGUUGCAAAUGACCGAGAAUGAACUUCUUGAAGAUAAUCACGCUGCUUUUAAUACAGUCAAUAAAAGUGUACAGCUGCAAAUUAGUACUGCCACUUGUGCCAGGCUGCUUAAAUAUGAGGAGAACGAUCAAAGGGGUAAUCAGAAUUACGCUGACUCUUGCAUAGAACUGGGAUCAGUUCUGCCAGUAGGAGGGCUCUUUGAAAUCCUGUUACAUUACUAUCUAUCUAACUAUGCAAAACAAUGCCAGUCAUCAAAUACAUCCAUCAUUUGUUCUGUACUUGCUGAUGUAUUGCUAAGUAUUCCAAAAGCACUCUGCAUGACACAGAAAAAGAAUGCCUUUCCUCAGCUUUGUCUUCAAGUUACCAAUGCCCUCAAAAGCAAUCAGCAGCUUCUGCCAAAUCAAAGGCUUCUAGAAUCAAUUUCUUGUAAAUACCACUUAGUAGCUUCUGUGCUUCAGUGUGCAGCUCAGUUGCUUAGUGUUGAUUUAAUCAUUAGCAUUAAAAGGCUACCGCAGAAAACUGAAGAGAGUGACUCAGAGGCUGAUGGGUAAAAGCAGACUGCUCAUACGCUGGUGGGAACCUUGUUUGUCUUGUUUGAUUACUUUUUUUUUCUUCCCUAACUUGUAGUGAAAGGACCUUUACAUUGCCUCAAAUUCCAUGCAACUUUGCAAAACAAAUCAAGGACCAAUCUGAACUGAGGGGCAUUAGAUACUCAACACAUCAGACAGACAAAAGAUAUCCUUACCUUUACACACUGAGAGAAUGCGUUGAAAAAAAGAAAGAGGCCAUAAUGAUUAUAUUUUCCCUGAAGGACCAGUAGGAACCCAUUACCAGAAGUGGCACCCUUUAUUACUUAGGGGAUAGGUGUCAAACAUAUCAGCUCUGCAUUUGUUCAGUUUAUUUACAUGUUAAAUCUGUGUUGUGGCUUUCUUCUACGGUAGACUCGAGGUAGUGUCCAUAUCACUUUACUUUUUUCAAACUUCAAUUCUGUGAGAUAGGUUUGACUGAGAGAAUGUGACUGGCCACAAGUCACUCAUGGAUUGGCCACAGCUAAUACAGUUUUAUUCAAUUAUAAGCUCUUCUAAUAACAAGCUCCCGGUUAAAUAUACCUGAUUGUUUCUUGGCUGUGGAGAAAUCAAAGUUCCCCAUUCCCAUAACAUUGAAUCUCCCAAGUCAUUCUGAAUCUGUUUUGACUGGGAAAGCAUUCAGUGUGGGUAGCGUAGGAGUGACGUUGCUGGGAAAACAUUGAUUGGUCUGAAUGCGAUAACCCUACGCAAGAUUUCUCUGGUUCUCUGACUUUGAGGAAGCUUAAAACAGGGAAAGCUGGAUUUUCUUUUUCAUAAUUUCUGAAAAUUUAGUAUUGUGAAAUCUUACUUCUUUAUAAGGAACUACUUCUAGAAAUAUUUGUCCUUCAGGGAAAAUAUAAUCAUUACUGCCUCCCCCUACUCUCUCUCUCUCCCCCACCCCAAAUGUAUUCUCUCCGUGUGUAAAGAUAGGGGCAUCUUUUACCUUGCCACUGACUCUCAUUUGGUUGGGUUGAUACUGUGUUUUUCUGCAAAGAUAAAUCAUGAGAAAUUGAACUAUGAAAUGGCAGCAAAUAAUUGGGAAAACUAGACUGCAUCGAAUGCCAUAUUUAUGGAGGAGGAGUUGGUGACAUGGAUUAAUCACUCUGAGUAAUCUGUUCAGCAUAAACAUGUUCAUAGAGCAUGUUAAAACAUGAGUAACUCAACCAUGAUUCAACUGGUUGCCUGGGUUUAGAUACAUACUGGGUUAUGAAUUGAUUCACCAUUUAGAGAGAGAUGAAAUUCUCACCUGGGCUUUUGUACAUAAUUACGAAAUAUUUGGUAUACCCUGAAUUUAAAUACAUUUGGAAUAAUA